AAACCGGUUGGAGAUGUCUACUUCCAUCAGCAUUUCUUCCUCCCCUCCUUGCUUAUUUGUAAUUUCAAUUCUCUGUCGAAGGAGGUUCGGUAGAGAUCGGCGAUUGUUGGCAGUUUCAGGAUUUUUCUGUAUAAAUCGUUUACUAGCAGCGGAUUUGCGCCAGUUCGUUGUUGAAGCAUUAAAUUUCUGUUGUUGAGGGUUUUAGAUGUGAAUUGAAUUUUGAGAGGAAGAAUCGGUGAGAAAGAUGGCUUCAAUCAUCCAUGGAGCAAAUACAACGACAAAGGGUGUCUACAGGAGCCUUCUCAAAGCAGUGAAGCAGCAUAUUGGAAAAAAGAAACGUAAUUCCCCUUUUUUCGAUUACAUCAGCCAUGAAUUCAGAAAGGAUGCCAGCAACAGCUCGCCGAAUCUGAAGCUUGCCAGCGAUUAUACUUUCUAUCUUAAGAGCGUCCACCACCAUAAGGAGUUGCUGUUUUCACACAACAUUGCCGUGGAUCGGUCUGAUGAAAUGAAAAAGGUAAUUGGAAAAUCUGCUGCGAGUGUGGGGCUGCGGCUUCCUGAUGUUUAUCAGCCCUGAUAUAUAAUUGUGCUUCUCGGAAUACAAGGUACUAAAAUUCUUACUGCCCCUUUGAUUUUUGCUAGAUCGAAAUCUUUAUACGGAGAACUUGUUGGUGCUAUAGGUUAAGCUUUUGCCAUUCUGCCUGGUUUUGUUAAAUUGAGACAAAUAUGUAAUAAUUUUUUGAGGUUUUUUUGGUGAGACAAAGCUUUUUUUGAACU